GAGUCUCGCUCAACGAAUUCGGCUGCUCUAGGAGAAGAUUUGAAACGAAUCAAAUGGGAUGCGGGCUCUAUUGUUGCAACUGUUUUAGCUGUUGUUCUCGUUCUAAUCUCGAUACUGGGCAUUAUUAUGGCCAUCAGACUGGUGAAGGAACGUCGUGCGUACCAAUACUACACGUGCAUUGAUCCACCGGAACCAAACACACGAACCCAACUGGAAGCUUUGAGCACAUGGUGUCGGGCCAGUUUUAUCGGUGCCACGGAACGGCAACGAACCCGGCCGGUACGGAUUUUGGAGGAAGAAAGGUUCCGACUUUUGGAUGAGACAGAGUAA